AAGAAGGAGGAGGAGGAGGAAGAAGAAGAAGAAAAGAAGAAGUGUGGGGGGGAGGCUCCCCUUUGUUGCAUGGGGGUGUCCAGCCGGGGCUGAGGGAAGGCAGGGAGGGGGUCGGUGCCUCCCGCUGCCCCAUGGCCCUCGCUGAGGGGGCGGCCGUGCCCUACGCCGUGGAGCUGGGGCUCACCGUGCUCCACACGGCGCUCUACGCCGCGCUCUUCCUCUUCGCCUACCUGCAGCUCUGGCUGCUGCUCUACUACCGCGAGCGGCGGCUGAGUUACCACACGCUCUGCCUCUUCCUCUGCCUGCUCUGGGCAGCCCUCAGGACCACCCUGUUCUCCUUCUACCUGCAGAAUUCCCUGCAGGCCCUCCGCCUCCAGCAGCCCUUCGCCCACUGGCUCCUGUACUGCCUGCCCGGCUGCCUCCUCUUCUCCAGCCUCUGCCUUCUCAACCUCUAUUUCGCCGAGGUCAUAUUCAAAGUGAAAUGUGCAGCUGAAUUCAACAAGUACAAGGUCCUGUUGUACUUGGGCUCCAUCCUCACCAGCCUCCUGUUCCUAGUUGUGAAUUUAACCUGUGCAAUGCUGAUCCACGGCGAGGUCCCGGAGAAGCAGCUGAGGUGGACGGUCCUGGCCCGGGCCCUGGUCAACGACAGCCUCUUCAUCCUCUGUGCCAUCUCCCUGGCCUGCUGCAUGUGCAAGCUGGGAAAGAUGUCCUCAGCCAACGUCUACCUCGAGUCCAAGGGAACAUCUGUCUGCCAGGCUAUUCUGGUGGGAUCUGUAGUGGCCCUCCUGUACUCCUCAAGGGCUUGCUAUAACCUGGUAGCUGUGGCCAUAUCUCCAGACAAUGUUCCUGGUCCUUUUAACUAUGGCUGGGACAACCUUUCAGACAAGGUGCACGUGGAGGUGAGCAGCGAGGAGUACGUGGUGUUUGGAGUGGUCCUGUUCCUCUGGGAGCUGGUGCCAACCACUUUCGUGGUGCUGUUCUUCCGCGCUCAGAGACUGAGCCAGAACCUGACUCCAGCAGGGAUGGUCAACAGCCACAGCUACAGCUCCAGGGCCUAUUUCUUCGACAAUCCGAGGCGCUACGACAGUGAUGAUGACUUGUCACGGCUCGGGGGCAGGGAAGGAGGCUUGGCCACCCCUCAGUGCUCGGGCUGCUACGGCUCCCUGGCCGGGACCGACAGCGGGAGCGCCGCGGACAGCACGCCCUUGCUCUGCGCCGCCGGCGGCUCGGAGAUCAACCACCACCACAGCUCCCACCCUGCCCCACAGAACUGAGGAGGCUCCCUCUCUUCCCAGAGUGGCACUCAUGUAUAGGAUUGUAACCUGGUUUUCCUCUUUUCCUCCUCUCCCCCCAAAGCAUCUAACUCAUGACACAAACAUUCCACUACCUGCCGCAGCUGCGCGCGGGACUGAGCCCAGGGCUGCAGGCAGUUAAGUCAGAGAACUGUGACUUUAAGGUACCAUGUAGCAAAGUGAAGCUGAACUCUCUGGAAGCUUUUUUUUUUCCUUGGUCUGGUCUUCAAGAUGUUGGCAGCUAAAUGCACCAGAGCUUCCUCACUAGAAAAGAAACAUCAAAUGCAUAUUUGCACUUUUAUCUGCACACUUGGAAGGAACGAAUCUUGCUCGGGCUGUGCUUGGCCUGAGACUGUUCUAGUUACUCUUUUAAUUGCACAUGCAGAGCUGGGAGAGGCACUGUCUUCCUGCAAAGACGUGUUCCCUGAAGGACUCUGCAUCCUGCCUCCCUGGGAGCGGGGAGCUCUGUCCGGGCAGGGCUCUCGGUGCUGGAUGCUGGAGUUUACUGUGCCAUAUUCCCACCUGGCAGGGCUGGGUGAGGCCUCGGGGCUCGGGGGGGUCUUGCUCUGCCUGCUGGUCCCACCUGGCUGCUGCCCUGUCCUACCUGGGCCUGCGGCUCAGAGCUGAGUGAGGUCAGCCUUCCUGCUGGCCUCGUGACCACCCCGCUGGCCCGUGGCUGAGGGACAGGGCUGGCUUUUCCCUGCAGGGAGAGGCUGCAGCUGGCUCAGCAGGAGUGUGUGUGCAGGAAUGUGUGUGAAUCCAGGGCUGCUGCACCCGCUGGGUGCCGGCCCUGCUCGCCCUCCUCGAUGCCCACAGUGGGGCUCCCCUCGUCCCCCUCAGUAUUAAAUUGCAUUUAGCAGAUAACCAAGAGUUUUAACCCGAAGUGAAUGUGAACUGCUGGGUCCCCACUGAGGUGCAGGGGGUGUGUGGCUGCCUGUGGAACGUUGCUGUUGCAGAGGGAAGGGGCAGAAACCACAGGGAUCUGAUCCCUGGGCUCCUUGCUCUGCCCUCCCACUGCCCCCAGAGCUGUAGAGUACAGAGGGGGGGUGGUGCUGGGUCAGGCUGGGAGAGGUCCCUGUGUCUUUACUUAACCAAAAUAGCCAAGUUUGACCUGGCCUGGGCUCUUGGAGAUGAGGCUUGGUGUUAUUCCUGGCUUGUCCCUGAGCCAGCCGCGGGGAUGAGCGGAGCAGCUGGGGCUGAAGGCGCUGGUGCAGGGAGGGAGCUGCUCUGACUGUGGGGCCAAUCCACCCUGGGACUGCUUUUAACCUGCCCUGUGCUGCUCCACCCCCGCUGUGACGCUGGGGGCCAGGGAAUGCCGUGCUAGGACAAUGACCUGGGAGCUGGAGAGACGCGGGGCAGCCUCGGUGGUGAGAGAAACGCCAGCCCCGGGGCAGCCCCGGCCUCUGCCCGCCAGCCUGGCCCCGCUCACCCCGGUGUCACUUGUCCCACUGCCCACACCCCGGCCCUGUGCGUGGCUUCUGCUCUCCCUGCUCACCUCCUGCACUCGUGCUGGCCCAAAAAAGCAGCAAGUCCUGCUUCUUCUUUGGAGAAGGCAAAGAUGGCAACUCUCAGCACAUCCCUUGCUCGAGUCCCUGCCCCAGAGCUCCACCCCGGCUGCUCCCCUGUCUCCUGGCAGGAACAGGUCGCUCCAUCUCAAUCCCUGCUUGGCUUAUGGCGAAGCUGGUGAAGGGCCAGGCACUGUCAGCCUUCCUUCUGCUGCCAUAAGUCUCCAAAGACAGCAAGUGACACUCGUGGCCCCUGUUCUUGCUUAAAUUCCAAAGCACUAGGAGCACUUUAAGUUUUACUUUGGAGGGAAAGGAGUGUAGUGCAAAAAAAAAAAAAAAAAAAAAAUA